AAUGUCUUUCCCUCAAGCAAGUCUCCAACCGCCUGCUGCCCUUCUACUUACCACCUCACCUCCCUCUCCUCCACUCCAUUCCAUUUCACCUCGCUUCGGUUUACCCCUCACUUUCUCUCACCUUCCUCGCCCACCUCCAUCGCCUCCUCCUUAAGCAACGCCCACGAGCGAGCGACCCACGACCCUAACCCUAGCGCCAUCACCAACCCAGCCACUGGUACUCUCGGCGGCAGCAAUGGCGGGGUGCCUCGUCUCUUCGCUGUCGGCGGCGGCCGCGGUUGCCGGCCGCGAUGCGUGAGAUCGCGCCGCAUGGGGAAGGACGCCGGCGAGGCGCAGCAGCAGCAGCCGCCGGACUGGGCGGGCGGCGGCGGCGGAGGAAGCGGAGGAGGAAGGGUGGUGCGGCUGCAAUGCGUGGCGGCGCUCGUGCUCGGCGUGGCCGUGCUGCUGUCGGCGGUGUUCUGGCUCCCGCCGUUCGCCCGGCGGGGCAGGGGCGCGGAGGGGCCGGAUCCGGGCGACGAUUUCGGAGAUGACAUAAUGGCAAGCUUUAGGCUGCACAAGACAGUUCCUGAGCUGAGUGAAAAUACAUCUAAGCUCGCAGUGGACAUCUACGAGGAAAUUGGCAUCCCUAACUCCACUGUGGUUGUGAAAUUACUACAUCCAUUAGUUGGAUCAAACUGGACAAACGUCAUCUUCAGCAUUGUCCCUUACCCAGAAAACCUGGCUAUAUCAUCAACAUGGUUGAGCAUUCUGAGAUCAUAUUUUAUGUCUUUGGUUGUACGGCAGUCAACACUCCACUUGACUGAGUCUCUAUUUGGGAAUUCAUCCUCCUUUGAAGUACUUAAAUUCCCGGGAGGAAUAACAAUUAUCCCUCCACAAACUGCUUUUCUUCUUCAGAAGCCCCAUGCAACUUUUAAUUUCACUCUGAACUACCCAAUCUAUAAAAUACAAGACAGAGCCAACGAGUUAAAGGAUCAAAUGAAAGCAGGACUGCUACUCGAUCCAUACGAGAAUCUGUAUAUCAAAUUGACGAAUUCACAAGGUUCAACUAUUCUUCCUCCCACUAUUGUUGAGACAUCCAUUGUUCGUGAAGUUGGAAAUCACCAGCCAUCUGCGCCAAGGAUGAAGCAGCUGGCACGGACAAUUACUAAUUCAUCUUCAUCCUCUGGAAACCUGGGUCUGAAUCAUACUGUAUUUGGCAGAGUAAAGCAGAUUAGCCUUUCGUCUUAUCUUAGGCAUUCCUUACAUAGUGGGGGCGGUUCUGAUGCACCUAGUCCUGCACCCAUGCAUCAUCAUGCUCAUCACCAGCGCCACGGUCAUGACGGCAACAGACAUCUGGCUCCAGCUCCUUCUCCAAUGCAUUUCCCUGUCCCGCAACCCAGAUAUGGUGCUCCACCUCCAUCUGGGUGUCCGUAUGGAACAAACAAGCCAAAGAAAAGAGGCCCCAUAACACCAGCAGCUGAGCCUGCCACUAAUGAUCACCAUUCUGCUUCCACUGCUUCACCACCACAUCGAUGGUCACCUUCACCUUCUAGUCAUCCUCCACAUGAUCCCAAUACGCACGGCGGCUCCCCUGUUCCAUCCCCUCCCGUUUUACCAGAGCCACCUUUGCCCACCGUUUCAUUUGCUCAUGCACAUCCUCCAAGUGAACAUGGAACAAAGACAAGUCCUGCUCCAAGUGAACAGGCUAGGCAAGCAGGUCCUGCUGGGAAUGGGAUGUCACAAGUGGCACCUGCACCUCAUUCAUCUUACGCCACCCGGACAUGGAAUGUUUCCUGUUGCUGGGUCCUUUUUGCCGUAGUGGCAUGUAUCCUAAUGAGCUUACGCUGAUGGAUGAAAUACGCGGCUAACCAGAUGUAAAUUAGAGAUGGGCGUUCUCUGAAAAAUUGUUUUCCACCGGUGUUGUAUCUGGUUACAGCCAGCCAAUCAGCUCUCGGGGCGGGUGGCCAAAGCACAAGGAAGCUCACCCCUGCCUCGGCGUGCUGCUAUACUUGUUAGUGAUGUAAAUAUGGGUGGUGGAAUUGGAAUGGGAAUGGGAAUGGGUAUAAGGCAAACGGGCGGCGGUUGUGCGUCGUGGUCAAAGCCACAGGGGCGUGGCAGACCCUUCUGUAUCACAGGCGCGCUUGCCCGGUCGUGCUAUGUACUACUGCUGCUCAGUCAGAAGAGAAGAGGGUCAUCAAGUGUAAAGACCUUUUUGUUACAUGGGAGAGCACGGCGCGUGCGCCUCCAGUUCAAGGGGGCUGUUUUGCAUCUAGGUUCUUGAGGGCAAUUUUGCUGUGGUCUUGUGAAUUUUUACGGUAAUCCCAUCGAUAUUGUAUUGUCUGUGAAA